GGGAAAAAUAAAAACAUUCCUAUUAAGUUUAUUCCAUUAUUCCCCCGAUUAUCUAAUUUUUCUGACUUUCUUUUCUUUCGUCGUCCCUCCAUUUACUCUUCGCCAUUCUUUCGUCCUAUUUCUUUCGCCAUCUAUCGAUCAAUACCUCAAAGCUCGAAGCGAAGAAAACUGCAAGAAACAUGACUACUUCUUCUACGAACUCUCGCAAGACACUAAGCAAAAUCGCAAGCAGUAGACUCCAAAAGGAACUCGCUGACUGGCAGCUUAAUCCUCUUGCUGGUUUCAAGCACAUAGUCACUGAUAACCUCCAAAGGUGGAUAAUUGAUGUGAAUGGAGCACCAGGAACUCUGUAUUCAAAUGAUUCAUACCAACUUCAAGUUGAUUUUCCUGUAAAUUAUCCCAUGGAAGCACCUCAGGUGAUAUUUUUACCUCCGGCUCCAAUUCAUCCUCAUAUAUAUAGUAAUGGGCAUAUAUGCUUAGAUAUUCUGUAUGACUCAUGGUCCCCUGCUAUGACGGUGAGUUCUAUCUGCAUCAGCAUCCUCUCGAUGCUAUCAAGCUCUUCAGUGAGGGAAAGGCCUAAAGAUAAUGAUCAUUAUGUGAUGAACUGCAGAAACGGAAGAUCUCCGAAGGAAACCAGGUGGUGGUUCCAUGAUGAUAAAGCAUAAAGUUUGAAACAUAUCUGUCAUACUUAUUCAUGACAUCAGAUUAGUAUUCUAACCCUUGAAGAUUUAAUGAAAGAUUAAAGCCCAAAAGAAAAAUGAAAGAUAGCUUUCUUGACAACUAAAUUUAUCAUUGUCCUUGUGUGUCAUAGUAAUUUGGGAAGUCUUUUUUUUGUAUUGGAGAGAACCUUAUGCUACUUCAUAAUGUGAUGAUGAAUGGAGGUGGGUGAAUGGGUGGUUUGAGGAUGCUGAGUACUUGAAUUUAAACUUAUUUGAAUAAACAUCCCCGUCCCUUCAAAAUUAAAAGAGAAUGUCUAGCUCGUCUGCUCACUCAAGAGUGCUAUGUGUUAAUUCUCGUCCUCUCACUCGAGAGUCGGUCUUGAUGAAAAUUUUCCGACAAGUUUACUCCAUACUCAAUGAGCGAAUAUUAAUUAUUAAGGUGUAUGUUUCCUCAUCGAACCAGAAGAUGUGAUCGAUUUUUUGAUGAGCGAUUAUGUGUUUUUGAAGGGAUGCCCUCCUCAUAGUAAUACUUGAGGGAGACGUUGGAAGAUAAGCUACCCUUCUUCGUAUAGAGUAUACAUGUUUAGACCGUAUUAAUAAGUCGGUCUUAUUUUUGGCAUCUGAUUACAUUCUAAAAAAAAUCACUAUUUUAUGGACUAUUUUCUUUGUUUGAAUAACAAAUUCACAAAUUUUCGUGA